AUGAAGUUUUCAACUGCUACCGCCGUCUGCGGCCUUGCCUUGGGUGUCAUGGCCAUGCCCACGUUUGAAUCUGCCCUCCCAGCCGGUUACACCGAGUACAUCCCAGAAUGGGAAGUCGAACUCUACCGGGGUGGUCCCAUGGUCAAGGCCAGGGGAACCGUGGAAGAAGUCCGCGCCGAGAUGAUCAAGCGAAAUCCCGACUUUGAGACGCACUACCCCAUCAACACAACCGUCAUCGAUGAAGAGUUCGCAGUACUCGACAAGCGCACCGACUUUACCGGCUCUACCCACUACUGCGCCAACAUGGGGCCUGCCAAACUGUCCCGUGUAAAGGAGGGAAUUGCCUACCUGCGAAGUUUAAAAGGGCAGCCAACAAACGGUCCUGGGCCUGGUGCCUGCGGCCGAGUUAGCUGCUCAUGGAACUCGGGCAUCUGGUGGUGCAACAAUGAUACUAAUCCCAAGACGCUCAAUGGCUGGAGUAGCAUCGCCGACGGCGCUUAUUACGUCAUGAUAAUCUGCUCCGGCAACAUGCUGAAGGACACUCUUAGCGGAGAAGCUAUACAUCCUACCAGGUGGUCCGUCCGUGUAGGGGGAGCCAAAUGCUAA